AUGGCCGACUCCAAAUAUCGCCGAGUGCCACAUGAUGACACUCUUGGUUCACCCAUUGCUUCUGCCGGGCAGUCCAGCCUUACUCCACAUCAUCAACAGAACUGGCAUCCUUUAAACCCCAUUGAUACAUCAUCCGACCUCUCAUCCAAAGAAGACACCGACAACAGCGACAACGAAAAUGACACGAUGAACGUCGACGAGGAGGAUGGAGACGAAACCGUCAUGGCCCCUUUGAACCGUCGAAGCAGCAGCAACAGAAAGCGCCAACGCUCGAGACGACGCCCGCCGACCAAUUCGAAGUUUCGCAGAUGGCUAACCCUGCUCAAAAAGUCUAUUGUGCGGAAUCGUCUUGCGCUCGUCGCGGUGGCGGGGGUUAUUUUUAUUUUUUUGCCGUUAAUUGCUUAUCAGCGCAGUAUUAGGAGUUUCUUUUGGGCGGGUCAGGUUUAUGAAUCUCUGCCAUGGUAUCCGUCGCCGAGGGGUGGAACGUCGGAAUCAUGGGCUCAUAGUUACCAGAAAGCGAAAGCUAUGGUGCAGAAUAUGACCCUUCUCGAGAAGGUUAACGUUACGACUGGUGUGGGUUGGUCAAUGGGAUUGUGUGUGGGCAACACAGGACCUGCGAUUGAUUCGGGAUUUCCGUCUCUUUGUCUGCAAGAUGGGCCCUUGGGUAUUCGCUUCGCCGACCACAUCACUGCUUUCCCGGCUGGUUUGACGACUGCGGCAACCUGGAAUCGAUCAUUGAUACACGAACGUGGCUAUCUGCUCGGUACAGAGGCUCGUGGGAAAGGUGUAAACGUGCUUUUGGGUCCGUCCAUGGGCCCCCUAGGAAUCGCGCCUGCCGGUGGUCGAAAUUGGGAAGGCUUCUCUCCCGAUCCUGUACUCAGUGCAAUUGCAGCUGCAGAUACUAUUCGAGGCAUUCAGCGGACUGGUGUAAUGGCAACAGCGAAGCAUUUCGUGAUGAAUGAACAGGAGCAUUUCCGCCAGGGUCGUGAAUGGAUUAUACCGGACGCACUUUCUUCAAAUAUCGACGACCGGGCCCUACAUGAGGUUUUUAUUUGGCCUUUUGCAGAGAGUAUUCGUGCCAAUGUGGCCAGCGUCAUGUGCUCGUAUCAAAUGGUCAAUAAUUCAUAUGCAUGUGGCAAUAGCAAGCUUUUGAAUGGCAUUUUGAAGGACGAAUUGGGAUUCCAAGGCUUUGUGCAGUCGGACUGGCUUGCACAGCGGUCAGGAGUGAUAAGCGCUCUCGCAGGACUUGAUAUGUCCAUGCCGGGAGAUGGUGCUUCGUGGGCAGAUGGAAAAUCGUUUUGGGGCAAGCAGUUGACCAUUGCAGUGCUCAAUGGUACAAUGCCCAUGGAGCGUCUCAAUGAUAUGGUGACGCGCAUUGUAGCAGCGUGGUAUCAGUUGGGACAAAAUGAGCCUGGAGACAAUCCAACUUCUCCUAACUUUUCCUCAUGGACUAAUGAAGAGUAUGGCCAUUUGUUCGAAGGGUCGGGUGAUCCCGCCACUGGAAGAGUCAACCAGUUCAUUGAUGUGCAAGGCAGCGGCGAGGAUGCUCAUAGCAUUACGGCUCGACGGAUUGCCGCUGAGGGCACUGUCGUUGUGAAGAAUGAAGAUGAUAUUCUUCCUCUGAGUACCCAGGGAUCUAGCUCUCGUACCAAGCCAUAUCGUGUUGGUGUUUUUGGAGAAGACGCAGGUCCAGGCAAGGGUCCUAAUUUCUGCAUUGAUCGAAGCUGUAAUCAGGGCACUUUGGCGUCUGGUUGGGGCAGUGGUUCUGUUGAAUUUCCGUACAUAGUCACACCAAUUGAUGCAUUGAAAGCGUCUUUUGAUGAGACAGAAGUGAAAUUCCAAGGAUAUCCUACAGACAAAUACGAGGACAAGGAUUUGGACAAUCAUGACCUUUGCAUUGUGUUUGCCAAUUCGGAUUCCGGCGAAGGAUACCUCAAAUGGGGCGACGUCCAUGCAGACCGGAACAAUCUAUUUUUACAGAAGCAUGGUGAUAGUUAUAUCCAACGAGUUGCGAGCAACUGUGGUGGUGAUGAAGGAGUCACUAUUGUCGUUAUCCACGCCGUCGGUCCUGUGGUAGUGGAAUCUUGGAUUGAUCAUCCACGCAUCAAGGCGGUUGUUCUGGCCCAUCUCCCAGGCCAAGAAAGCGGAAAUGCGCUGACAGAUGUCUUGUUUGGUCGGGUUGACGGCGGUCGACUUCCUUAUACUAUUGGUAAAAGCCUUGAUGAUUAUGGGCCCAGUGCGCAGGUACUCUACUUUCCAAACGCGUUGGUACCGCAAGUGAACUACACGGAUGGAUUGUUUAUUGACUAUCGAUACUUUGACAAACACAACAUUACUCCACGGUUCGAGUUUGGAUAUGGCUUAUCUUAUACAACUUUUGAAUAUUCAGACCUUGUCAUUUCUCCAGUGAGAGAGAAGUCGCCUUUGCCAUCACCUCGACCGAACCCCCCCGUUUCUCCUCCUGAAUAUAGUGGACAGACGCCAGAUGCGAGGUCUGCAUUGUUUCCUACGGGAUUCCGAGCAUUACACAAAUACAUAUAUCCGUACCUCGCUGAUCUAUCUGAGAUCAAGCAGAGGCACUUUGAUUUCCCCGAAGGCUACAAGACAGAGCAAACACCGUCUCCUGCCGGCGGAGGUGAGGGAGGUAAUCCGUCAUUAUACGAGACAUUCGUGGUCGUCACAGCAAACGUCACCAACACUGGGAGUCGUACAGGACAAGAAGUAGUGCAAUUGUAUGUGUCCUUUCCGAGCGACGUCAAAGACGAAGACGCUACUUUUAGCGACUCUAUCGAGUUUCCUGUGCGGGUUCUACGCGGAUUCGACAAGGUGGAGUUGGCCCCGGGCGAGACGACAAAGGUUGAACUGGCAUUGACGCGCAAGGAUUUGAGUUACUGGAGCACUCGGCGGCAGAACUGGGUGAUGCCGGUGACGGGGGAGUUUACGAUUGCACUUGGGAAUAGUUCUAGGAGCAUGAUUCUGGAGGCCAUUCGUUUCUUUGAGUGCGUACCGUCGAAGAUCAAAGAGAGAGAGGAAUGCUGGUCUUCUCUUCCCUUCAAUUUGUUCUCUGUUAAGACUCUGACGGGCAGAUUUUACACCUUCGUUCCGUUUUUCGAGGUCAGACGACGAUCAUCACAACCUUACAGUGACGAUCUGCCCAAAAAGGAAUGUAUCAAUAAGCAGGUGGGUUUGUAUUCAUAUUUACGACUUCGAAAAGACGAGCGCAUGAGGAUCCCGAUUGCGUUGCAGCUUGCGCUGCUGGUGCUGGUCACUUCGUUGGUGGGAUUGACGGUUAUUUCGAUUGCGACGUGGGAGAAUAGUUAUAAAUUCGUGACGGGUGUCAAAUCACAUGGCCUUCUCCUCGCCGCCUCCCUCAAAGCCGGCCAAAUCUCCUCCAACAUCGCCCUUAUCGAAGCAAACUGCCAAACCGUCACAACCCGUAUCCUGAUCCAAUCGGCUCUGCGAAGAUUCUAUCAGGGAAACCAAACCGACACAAAUUGGGCUACGGCUAUUACUGAUAUCCAAACUGCUUUGGGAUCUGGUGGUUAUGUGUCAUUGUACCAGGUCAAGAUUUAUUCGCGGAAUGAGGGGGGCAACCCAGGUGGACUGUUGAAUGUGACUACCAAUUCGUUGGCGGGGAGUAUCGAGCUGCCGUAUAAUUACGAUAACGGCACCUCUGUUAUCUUUGGUGAUCCUGGUUUGGGGUAUCCGCCAUCCCUCUAUCCGAAUCUCACGUAUGCCGUCGCUGACGGCGUGGAUCCGACCAAUGCGACAAGUCAACAGGCGACGGCGUACGCUUUUCCCGAAUUUCCGAUCAAUACGACGUCUGCGUUAUUGCUUGGGCCGUUGUAUGUCAAUGCCAGUUUCUCGAUGAUCUCGAUUACUCUGCCGAUUAUAAAUAAUACGUCUUAUACCGAUAUUCUGGGAUAUAUGACGAUCAUCGCGAAUGCUGAUAGUAUUCAAUCUUCUCUUGUCGGCAACAACGGCCUUGAUACGUCCGCUUCCGUACUCCUCGUUGGCCCCUCCACGGCCGACAACGUGUUCACCGGAGACGCCAGAGCAGCAACACGCACGAGCCCACAGACUAACAAGACCGCACUUGAAGAAGCUCAAGCUCGCUACAUCUUUGCUCCAUCACUUGUAUCCGGUUUCGAAGACCGGCACAGUGAAUACCGCACUACACAAACUGCGUUCCGGCUCGCCAAAUAUCCAACCGUCCUCGAUGCACUCCAGACUCCGAGAUCGACGUAUGACAGUUCCUCUAGCAAUCUCGAUACUACUAAUGAGCAAGGGUACCGUGUUGCCGUGGGUGUUGCUCGGCCACAGUCGACGCUGGUAGAUUGGGUGAUUGUUAUUGAGGAAACGCACGCACAAGCCUUUUCACCGGUGUCGGAACUACGCAAAAUCAUUCUUGCGUGUGUUUUUGGUACGGCUGGAUUUAUCGCGGUGGUGGUCAUUCCAUUGGCACAUUACAGCGUGACGCCAAUCAGGAAGUUGAAGGCAGCGACGGAGAAAUCAAUCCAUCCAUCACCGUAUCAUCAACAUUAUGGCGAUCAUCCUGAGACUAACGGAGGUGCAGUUUUAGAGACACUGAAUGCACAGAAUGAGAAACAAGGCGGCAUAUUCGGUGCGCUCUCAAACAUUGUUCAUGGUCGUUGGGGAUUAUCACAAGGCACCGCAAGCGAGGAUGGCCGACCCAAAACAUUCAAAGUCCCCGGAAAAGUCAAGGAAUCGAAACACAUCAUCACAGACGAAUUGACCGAAUUAACUAGCACCUUCAACGAAAUGGCAGACGAAUUGAUGAUUCAAUAUACUCGACUAGAAGAACGUGUAGCGGAGCGGACGCGCGAGCUUGAGAUUAGCAAAAAGGCCGCGGAGACGGCUAAUGAGAGCAAGACCUUGUUUAUUGCAAAUAUUUCACACGAAUUGAAGACGCCACUGAACGGAAUUUUGGGAAUGUGUGCCGUCUGCAUGGGUGAGGACGAUCUGCCGAGGAUUAAGAAGUCGCUCCAAGUGGUUUAUAAGUCUGGCGACCUGUUGCUGCACUUGUUGAACGAUUUGUUAACCUUCAGCAAAAAUGAAAUCGAUUCGGCUAUUCGUCUUGAUGAAAAGGAAUUCAGCUUAGCGGAUAUCAAGUCGCAGAUUUUAACCAUUUUCGAGAAACAGGUCAUCGAAAAACAUGUCCAUUUUACAGUCAAGUUUAUUGGCACGCCAGCUGCGGCCGAAACCAUCAUGAUUGAUGAUGAAAAGCAUGCACUUACCAUGACUUCACCAUCGACUUCACAUGCAUACGGACCACCAGGCACCCCUCGAAUGAGAGAUAUGAUUCUAUGGGGUGAUCAGCAUCGCAUCUUGCAGGUGCUCAUCAACUUGGUCAGCAACAGUCUCAAAUUCACGCCGGAAGGUGGACGAGUCGAUGUUCGAAUCAAAUGUUUGGGUGAUUACGAAAAGCCAGAGGGCAGCACCAAAGUGUCGUUCGACUCGAAGUCAAAUCCAGCGAUGAGGUCACGAACCCCGUCGUUCCAAUCUAGAGAUACGCAAAUCGGCGGUAACAUCGGCAGCAAUUUUGACCAUCACUUUCGCGAACGCGAACCACCAGUCAAUUACCGAACGUUGGCAUUCAGCUUUGAAGUCGAAGAUACGGGACCCGGUAUUCCGUCGCAUUUACAACAACGAGUCUUUGAGCCGUUUAUGCAGGGUGAUCUAGGUCUAAAUCGGAAGUACGGCGGUACAGGUUUGGGAUUGAGUAUCUGUUCGCAAUUAUCUCGUCUUAUGGGCGGUACCAUUCAUCUUGACAGUACAGUCGGCAAGGGAUCGACAUUCAGGGUCGAUAUUCCGUUGAAGCUCCUGAAAGAAAUGGCUUCAAGCACUCACAGCUCUAGUACAGCCGGCUCUCGACCACAGAGCGAUAUCAUCUCUCUCGAUGAUGCCGCAGGUGUCAUCCGAACAUCAGGCGCAAACAGCCCCGUCGUCAAGCCCGUCGAAACCAAAGACCUACAACCCCGUCUAGUCGGUCUGAGUCAGCCAUUUUUCGCAGCCGCACCGCCAUCAUCACCUCCUGUCAACACCACCACCACCACCAACUGCAACAACAUCACCGUCGGAAAUCCUUCAUCCACAUCCUCAGCCGCACUAAAAUCCGCCUUAUCUUCUUCCACCGACGCCACUAGCAGCACAAAAAUCCGUGUCCUCGUCGCCGAGGACAACGCCGUAAACCAAGAAGUCGUCUUGCGCAUGCUCAAACUCGAGGAUAUCUACGACGUCACCGUCGUCAAGGACGGACAGGAAGCCUAUGAUACCGUCAAAGCAGCAAUGUCUGAGGGGAAUAAAUUCGAUUUGAUUUUCAUGGAUAUCCAGAUGCCGAACCUCGACGGGCUGGAGUCUACAAGGCUGAUUAGGCAGAUGGGUUAUUCGGCCCCGAUUGUGGCUCUCAGCGCGUUUGCGGAGGAGAGUAAUAUUAAGGAUUGUAUGGAGAGUGGGAUGGACAUGUUUUUGAGCAAACCGAUCAGAAGACCAGCGCUAAAGCAGGUGUUGAAGAAGUUUGCGACAAUUGUGGAGGAAGAAGAUGGCGAGACCUCUUAA